AUGUUGAGCAUCGCCGCGACCUCCCUGCCCACCUUCACGGCUCCGCUGCUGCCGCAUGCCACGCGCGUCGCCGCGCCGGUGAUGAAGGCGGAGGGCGAGAUCGGCGUGACGCCGCCGCUGGGCGUGUGGGACCCGCUGGGCUGCCUCGCGGAGCCGGUGGACUACCCGCGCCGCGACUACCGCCGCUACGUGGAGCUCGAGAUCAAGCAUGGCCGCAUCGCGAUGCUCGCGACCGUCGGCGUCCUCACCACUGAGGCCGGCUUCCGCUGGCCCGGCUACCUCUCCAAGUCGCUGGACCUCAAGUUCGCCGACCUGCCGGGCGGCUGCUUUGACUCGUACAACGCGGUGCCGGCGCUCGGCUGGCUGCAGAUCGUCGGCUUCGAGCCGGGCGACGUGGGCGGCAUCUCGUGGGUGCGGUACGACGACCCCGAGACCAAGAAGUUCAAGCUCAAUGCGGAGCGCAACAACGGCCGCGCCGCCAUGAUGGGCAUCACGGGCAUGAUGAUCCACAAUGCGCUCGGCGUGGACGCGCUGUUCCCGAUCGUGCAGUGA